AUGCCCCAUCUUCAACAUCUCCAACAUGGCACCGGAAUAUUCUCAAAGCACAUUGGCGGCCAUGUCUUUGACGAUGUUCUGCUUGAUAGUGUGGUAUCGAAGCAGAGGCCCACCAUUGGACCAUAUCCCAAGCAUGGGGCCUACAGCACCUGUAGCUGCGUAUAUAAGUGCCAUUUACUUCCUUUUCAAUGCUCCCGCAGUCGUUCAAAAAGGUUACGAGCGAUAUAAAGGGUCCUUGUUUAAAAUACCAAGGCUCAACUACUGGGAAGUCAUGGCUAGUGGAUACGAAUCCCUUGAAGACAUCCGCAAGGCUUCAGACGAUGUCCUUUCACUCGACGGGGCCCUCCGUGAGAUCUUGCAGACCAAAUAUACGUUAGGCUCUAACAUCGCAGAUGACCCGUAUCAUAUUCCAAUUAUCCAGUCUCAGCUCACGAAAAGCAUUCCCGGGUUUUGCGGUGACAUUCAUGACGAGAUCGUCGCGGCUUGUACGGAAGCUAUUCCCUGCGUGGGACAUGAGUGGGUAGCUGUUAAGUCCUUCCAGACUGUGGUAGAGAUCAUGUGUCGCACGAUAAAUCGAGUCUUCGUUGGUCUGCCUCUCUGCCGUGAUAACGAUUAUAGGGCGCUCAUAUCCAAGUUCACAGUAGAUGUGGUAAAAUGUGCCUAUAUCAUACGAAUAUGUCCAGACUUUUUGAAACCUCUAGUGGGGCGACUGGUCACAACUGUUCCUUCGGCUGUAUUGCGUGCAUCUAAGCACUUGGGUCCCCUCAUUGAGGAGCGUAUAAAUACAUCAGACAGCACCGAUGCUGUGAAAACGGAUCUCUUGACCUGGUUGAUCGAAGGCUCUCAGGACGAUGAGCGGUCCAUUGAGAUGCUGUCCCGCAGGGUACUUGCAGUGAAUUUUGCAGCAAUUCACACUUCUUCGAUGAUAUUCACCCACGCUCUUCAUCGUCUGGCAGCACAUCCUGAGUUCGCCCAAGCUUUGAGGGAGGAAGUGGAACCUGUCACCGCGGAGUUUGGUUGGUCCAAGACAGCACUAGACAAGAUGAAAAGGGUCGAUAGUUUUCUCCGAGAAGUUUUGCGCGUCGAUGGUUUAGGAAUGAUCGCAUUACCUCGUCGCGCCCUCAAGCCUUUUACUUUCUCGAAUGGAAUGUCUAUUCCGCCGGGAACCACGGUGUCAUGCUGUAUGAGAUCAACCCACUUCGAUGAGGAGUAUUACGACGAUCCAAACACCUUUAACCCCUUCCGCUUCUCUGACCCACCAUCAAAUGGGGCCAACACCUCGAAACAAGGCCAUAAGCAGAUGGUUUUGACUGGUGCUGACUUCUUGUCCUUUGGACAUGGGCGUCAUGCAUGUCCAGGACGAUUCUUUGCAUCUGCGGUGCUCAAAAUGCUGCUCACUCACGUUGUCACCACAUAUGAUGUGAAGUUUGAGGGAGAAAAGGUACCCAGACAGUUCUUCAUUAAUGGCGUCUUGCUUCCAGGCAGAGGGAAUGUCAUGUUCCGGAAGCGAUCUGCAAGUACGUAGUAGUAGCCUGCGUUUUGUGGAAUAGGAAUAGGAAUACCAUACCCAUCGUUAGAGUACUGUUGUGGUAUGAAUAUG